AUGCUGCGUUCGUUAUCGGUGGCCGCCGACCUGGGCAACCUGGCCCUGUCCGUACUCUCGCUCUCACAGCUCGCCCUCGCUCAGUCAUCGAUAUCGCUGUCGCCCUCCUCCAACGCCCCCGAUGGCGCCUCCGAUUACCUCGAUGCGUCUUUUGCCGGGUUCGGCAUCGAGCCCUCGAACCUGUUCUCCUUCACCGGCGGCGACACACCCAACCUGCUUUCCGUGAAGCUCCUACAGAACCUAGCAGACUACGCCGGUGCGCCGCCUCACAUCCGGCUCGGAGGCAACACACAAGACUACAUGCUGUAUGAUUCCGAUUACAAAGACAUUGCUUGGAAGAAGAACCCCAACUCUAUGGCACAGGGCAACGUCGCCGCCGACUCGAUGAUCAUUGGGCCUGGCUACUUUGAGGCCCUCAAUCGCUUUCCCAAAGACACCCCAGUCACCUACGGACUCAACCUGGCCUACAUGGAGGACGACUGGGAGGACCGCAUCGUGGCUGCUGCCCAGGGUGCCGUCUCGGGUAUGACCAACGUCAAGCUGUACUCAUUCGAGGUCGGCAACGAGCCCGACUUGUGGCUACAGAACACCUUCCGCACCGCGCCCUGGAAUGGACAAACCUACACGACGCAGUUCCUCGACCGCGCCGAAGCCGUCUACACCCGUGUCCUGCAGCCAGCGGGCCUGCCGUCGUCCUUUUUCGAGCCCCCCGCGACUGCCUCCACCAUCGGCACGACCUUUGAGAUCUCACAGCUGGUGUCUGAUGGCAUGAUGGAGGGUAGGAACGGUGACAACUACGUGACCGUGUGGAACCAGCACGACUACUUCUAUUUCAUUGGCGUUACACCGACACCCAUUACGCUCAACGAUCUCAUGCAAUUCGACCAAACCAACACUCAAUUCGCAUACUGGGCGAAGCAGGUCAACAUUGGCCUCAAGACUGGUCUGCCCUACGUUCUGCGCGAGAUGAGCUCGAUUGGGCCCAUCGGUAUGCCAGGAGUCAGUGACGCAUUUGGUGCCUCCCUCUGGACCCUCAACUUCUUCCUCUACGCUGCCUCUCUCGAUAUCUCGUCAGUACAGAUGCACAUGACCGACAACUCCAAUGCAAGUGCCUGGCAACCCAUCGAACUUUACGGCCGCGCGCCUUUCGUGCGUACACUGUACUAUGCCCACGCCGCCAUGGCGCAGAUCGUCGGUAACGGCAACGGAACUACUCAGAUUGCCAGUAUGAGCACUAGCAAUGUUGGUGCUUCGUACGACGGUCGAAUUCGCGCAUACUCCAUGUACGCUCACGACAACCUGCAGGCUGUCAUUCUCCUCAACGGCAAGCAAGCCAACGAGUCGCAGUCCAACAAGGGCAGCUUCAACUUCAACGUCAACUUUGGCUCCUCCAACGCAAACAAGGACAUUUAUCUUUCAUACCUCACCGCCGAUGGCGCCGACUCUCAAACCGGAGCUACCUGGAACGGCAUCGCUUACUCGGACACCACCGGCGAGGGUAGCAUUGUGAACAGCACAGUCCACACCGUCACCACUGACGGUUCUGGCAAGGCCACCAUUCCUGUACGCGACUCGCAAGCCGUUGUAGCCAACAUCGGCUGGCAAAUCGGCAGCACAGCAGUCUUGAAGGGUGAUGGCAGUACAGCGAGGAAGAGUAACGCCAGCCCUCGCACCACUCCCACCAGUUUCGCCGCCGUGGCCGCCAUGAUCGCCACCACCUUCGCCCUCUUGGCCGUCAGCGUCUAA